AUGUUACCAUCAACCUUAUUACAAAAUCCAGAAACGUUAAAGCCCAAAGAAAAGGAUUUAAAUUUAAAACCAUCAAAGACUUCUGAAGCAAAAGAACCAUCAAAAACAUCUGAAGCAAAAGAACCGUCAAAGACUUCUGAAGAAACAAGUACAAAAUUUGGUGUAAGCCUCAACAAAUAA